UAACCAAUCGUGUUACUUUCAUGGAAGCUUGUUGUCAUUACGUCUGAGAGCUAUGAACAGAUAAGGAAAUUUAUUUUUUUUUUGUUGGUAUUGUUAGGCUCAUAAAUCCAAAUGAGCUUCCUUAGUCAACCAGUGGAGCACAAUUCUAAACUGCUCUUCGUGAAUUUCAAUCAAGAUUCGUCGUCUUUACAAACUGGAUCUAAGACUGGUUUCAAGUUAUAUCCUCUCAAUUCAGUUGAGAAUCUUGAAUUUACACAUGAAAAUAAUGAACGUCCUAAUAUCCACCUUGUUGAGCGACUGUUUGCUAGUAGUUUGGUUGCCUUAGUUAGCAGUGAUCAUCCACGAAAGUUAGAUGUCUGUCAUUUUAAAAAGGGAUCAGAAAUAUGCAAUUAUUCAUAUUCCAAUGCCAUUUUGGCUGUCAAGCUCAACAGAAUGAGACUAGUUGUAUGCUUGGAGGAGAGUCUUUACAUUCAUAAUAUACGUGAUAUGAAGGUCCUUCACACAAUACGAGACACACCACCCAAUCCAAAAGGAAUAUGUGCUCUGUCUCCUCACAAUGAACAUGCUUACCUGGCUUAUCCCGGUAGUGUUCAAACUGGUGAAGUGCAGAUUUUUGAUACUAUUGCUUUGAGGGCUGUCAUUAAUAUUUCAGCACAUGAUAAUCCGUUAGCAGCUGUGGCCUUUAACCCUCAGGGUACACGACUUGCUACGGCUUCAGAAAAGGGUACUGUCAUAAGAAUUUUUAGUCUUCCUGAUGGUGCCAAACUAUUUGAAUUCAGAAGAGGCCUAAAAAGGUGUGCAGAUAUUCAGUGUCUGGCCUUUAGUGUGGACUCUGUGUUCUUGUGUACUUGCAGCAAUACAGAAACUGUCCAUAUUUUCAAACUUGAGGAGCAGAAGGAAAAGCCUCAGGAAGAUACAUCUUGGAUGGGUAUUCUUAACAGCACAUUCAGAACAUCUGCCAGCUAUUUGCCAGCAGGUAUUUCAGAUGUUAUGAACCAAGGGCGGUCCUUUGCUACAGCUCGCUUGCCCCAUGCUGGAUUAAAGAGUGUUUGCACUAUUGCCCCGCUUCAAAAGAUCCCUCGUCUGUUAGUUGCCACACAUGAAGGCCAUCUUUACAUCUACAAUAUUGACCCUAAUGAAGGUGGUGAAUGUACUCUGUUAAGAACACAUAUGCUUGAAGGACAGCCACCAGAACAUGCUUCGUUGCUGGAGGAAGGCUCUAGUGACCGACCCUUAACCCAAACAGGCCAUCAUGAUGAGUCCUCAUCAUAUGCAGCCUCUGUUAGAAGACCCCAAUCCUCUAAUUCUUCAGAAGCCAUGGCUCCCACAGGUAAGCCCCGCACCCCGCUGGUGGCUCCCCCUAGUGAGCUGUGGAAAAGAGACAAGAGUUAUGCAGACAUGUUGAAAGGAGGGGGCCCCCAGGAGGCGACGGCGGACAUUAACCCUAUAGCAUUGAUGGAUGAGCUUAUUUCAGAAGGAGAUUCAUUGCCCUACCAAGAUCUCAUGGAGGGAGCUGUUGGGGGUGAAGAGCCAAUUGGAGCGCUCAGGAUACAUGAUGAUAGUGAGUUCCCUCCCAUGUCUCACAAGAGUCUGUGAAACUUUCUUUUACAAGCCAGUGCAAGUUUCGUAUCUUGACUCAAUAAUAGCAGUCCGGCUUUAAAAAUGUUUGGAAUGAAUAUUUAUAUUAUUUGAAUGUAUUUUUUUAAAACAGCAAAAACAGUUGUGAUUGCUAACACCGUGAUCACUUUCCAAUAAGAAAAUAUUUUGUUUUGGUGACAGAACACUUUCUGCAAUAUUUAUGUAUACAUCUACUAUAUUCAUGUUUACAGAAUUUUAAUUGUCGAAUACAUUUUUCAUUUUCUUUUAUGUGUCUUGCUAUUGACAGAUUUUGUUCAUUUUUAAUCCUUUUUUUUUUUAAUUUAUGCACAAACUAUAACUUGCUGUUUUUGUUUAAAUAAACUGAUUCAAAAGUUGUUCAGUACUUUAAAGUUUGGAAAUUUUAAUUAUAAUUCAUCCUAGAAAAAGAUUGGUAUCAACACAAUAAGGGAAAAGUUCAGAGUGACCAGAGGAAUGAUUUGCAGUGGGUUUGAUUUAUGUGUCCAUUUUUCAGGUGCAUUUAUUGUACACUAGUGUGAUGCAUUUCAUCAGUGGAAAUAAUGCACAUUUUUAACUGUGUCAAAGUGAGCAUCUUAACACCAUCAUUGUUCUUUUUGUUUGUAUUUAUGGGCAACUUUGAAGAGUCUUAAUAACUUGUCCCAGCUCAGCGAGCCAGGAACCCAAAAGUCUGGUAAUUUGUCCUAGCUCAGCGAGCCAGUUACCCAAAGUUUAGCUAGUCAUUAACUUUCAGUAGUUAGCAUCAUAUUUGUUUGUUAAUAUCAGGAGCAUUGUAUACUAUUGAAAGUCACAUGAUCAGCUACAUCAUCACAUCUAUGUAAUAUUUUGAGUCACAUGAUCAUCUCAUUAAAUGUAGACUACACUUCAUAUUCUCCGAACUUAUUAUUUUAUUGUUGUUGCAAUCUUGUCUUGUAAAUGUAUUUGCUUGUGUCACUUGGAACCAGAGCAAAAUACACUCAGCAAACCAUACAGUAAAAACUUUAAGGUCCUCCCAGCCCUCCCCUAAAAGUGUGCACACUGACACCAUAUUCACUUCUGGUUAGUGCCCUAGUGAAGCAAGUAGGUGUAGCUUUACUAGCAACUUCAAAUUCUGCACAUUGUGUGUACUCAACUCUAUGAUUGAAAAGUGACCAUGUGUACAAAUGAUUAUUUUGUCAAAUAAACUUUGCAACCAUUGCA